CAAAAAAAUCUCGUUUUCACAAGUUUGACAGCAAUUUUGUUUGGCUGCGUUUAUCUUUCUAUUCUAAUUGUGUUUUCAGUGAGUUUUAAUGCCCAAUUUACCGUGAAAUCCCAAUGGAAGUCCCAGUUAGGAGUAAAUUAACAGAUGCAGUGCGAAAUUCAGACAUUGCACGCUUGGUUUUGGGAUAUCACAUCAAUGAGAGUCCGGAAACGGUGUACCUGGAGUUUGCAAAGACCAAUCAGUACUUGCAAGAAGACUACCAUAUGCUACAGAAUGGCUACAAACCCAGAGAUUUGCUGAAUUUGAUUCACAUCAUUCAGGACUUUCACGAAAGCAAACGCCUAGUAUCACUUUACAAUCAACAGAAUGGUAUUCAAGAUGCCAAUACAUCGCUGACGCAGAGUCUAAAGAGAAUUCUCGCUAUUCAGAGUGCGAAGAAGAGUCGACCAACAAAGAGGCGCUACUCAAGCGUCAGAGAUUCCUUUAUUGUUCUCAAUAAUUCCUCCGAUGUGUCCGACUGUGAGAAUGAAGCUAAAAAAUCCCGGUACACACAUUCAUCCCGAUCGCCAUCAUAUGUGCUCAAUGAGUUCAAUGAAUUGGUUCCCGGACAGAAGGGUAGUGAACAGAAGACGUCCCCAAUACAGCCAUCCCCACGGCCAGACACAAGUACCUCAAGUAUUCCCGAGAAUAGAAUAUUCCGGCAGCCACAGCCAGUUGUGGAGAAUGUACCUCACUCAUCACAGGCAGAGCCACCGGCUCAGAAAGUGGAGGAACCACCAAUUCCACUGAAACAGAGACUACGGAAACACAUCAAAAAGCCAGAAAUCUACACGGAUGUGCAUACAGAGAAGAAGGGACAGAAGAAAAAAAUAAAUAUAAUUUCCGAUGAGAAAGUUACAGUGGAAACUGAGCCUGUGAUGCCAACACAAACCAUGUUUCCCGGGAAUCCCUUCUUUAUCCCCUCAACGGGAUUUUCCAAUUUCCUAAUUCUCCAGACUCUGCCCAAGGACCAAGAUGCCACCAAUACAGUGCAAAAUCAACUAAUUAUGCCAGAAUUUGUUCCAACAAAUCAGUCCAUUGUGAAUUUUCCCUUCCUGCAACUCCCGGAUGGGGAGAACUGUGGACAAAUGGGGCAGAUUGUUGAUUUACCAGUUGUCCAGGAAGAUGGUACAUAUCCCCCCACCUUGAAUGAAAUGAAGGAGUCCACGCCAAAGAACACCGAAAAGCCCAUUAUUAGUAUCAAAAGCCAAUCUACGCCCCGUCGGAUUCAUUCCCAUGUCCGGGUGCUGAAUUUCAAUACACCCAGCGGGAAACUACAGACAGAUACAUCAAGCCCCAUUGUAGCUGCACCAGCUUGUGUGGAUGCCUCUAAAACACCACACGUGAGGAAGAGUGCGAAGGAGUGUGCACGAAUUCUAUCAAAUUCCCAUCCGGAUCCACCUCCGGAAAGCAAAUCCGAUGAAAAGAUGCGUGAAUGGAUGUUACUGAGGGAAUCAGCGAAAUCCCAUCAAUGGGAUCAACAUCUCAGGGCUCUAGAGCGUGAAAGGGAGACUGAAACGAAAAUGCUGAAGAAAAAUGCAAAGACAGUGAAGAAGAAGAAACCCACGGGACUCGAUAUAAAGGCUCAAAUGCUGGAGGAUGCACUCAGGAGUGGUAAGAAGGAGCAAUCACACGUGGAGGAACGGAAGGAAGAAACCCCUGAAGCGCCCAAGAGGGAUAUUGUUGAGAAAACAACGGAGGUGCAGGCACCAAAGAAAGUCGAAGUGUCUCCCAAAGUUGAUCAAAAGACUGCAGAAGAUGAGGAACGUGUAGGUCAAGAGGAACCUGUGAUGACCAUAGAUGUUGCCACGGAAGUAGCCGAUAGAGCACCAGGGGUACAGAACCUUUUCCCGGAACCUCAAGCACCUGAAAAGAGUGCAGAAAAGAUCUUCAGCUUGUCUGCAUUGUUGGAAACACCAUUCAAGGAUGAACUUUUGGCACAAUUCCCCGCAACACCGAGAUUCCUCAUACCCAAUUGGACACCCGCCAUCAAGGCACCCUUUGGAAGUCUACCAGAGAGUGAGAUUAAGCUUCCGGAAUUAACAACGCCACUCUUCCCCAUUACGCCUGGCCUCAAAGUCACUCCAGAGCGGGAGAGUCCACAAAUUGGACCAUGCAAUCGUCCCACAGACUACUCCUCGAGUAGUUCGUACUAUAAACCCGACGAAUCUGAAGAUACGGAUCAGAAAAUUGAGAAUCUAAUCAAGGCAACGCGCAGGAAUCGUGCUGAAAGUGAGAGGGCCGAAGAGACAGGACAACAAGUUAUUUUCAUUGCAAAGACACCUAUUAAAGUGGACAAUCCUGCAGUCCUGGAGCGUGUUAAAUCCUUCACAGAGGCAACAACAGAUCUGCAUUAUAACUUUGUGUUUGGACCAGACUUAACGGGGGAUCAGGAAAUGUCAUCGGACUCAUCAUCAAGUAGUGAGUCAUCGUCGUCAGAUAGCAGCUCAUCAUCUUCAUCGGAUACAUCAUCUUCAUAUGAUGAAGAAAAAGAUCAGAAUUGGGUGUCUCCGGAAGAUCCACCAAAAACGAAUCAGCUAAUAAAUGAUUCUGGUGAAAUACGAUUCCCACUGCGGAAUUGGAUGACACCCAAGAAGAUCCUAGAUGAGGGUGUUCAGGAAUCAAAGGUGGAAGUUAAGAUACCCCAGGAACAUGAGGCUCCCCAGGAAGUGCAAAAGCCUGAGGAAAAACUUCCUAAUGACGUUUGUCAAAAGAUGAAGCUAAUUAGUGAUCUCGAAAAGAAGCGCUUGCGAAUUGUGGAGAAGAUGAAAGAGGAUCAGAAAGCGGGUACAGGUAAGACUGCUGCUAAUAAGUCAGGAGUAGUCAAGACAGCACCAAAACGUACCGCAGCUGCAAGAAAUGCUCGAACUACAAAAGCCAAGGUGAGUCCUAAGAAGCCCACAACCCCGAGGAAGUGCGCAAGAUUGGCACAAAAGAGGAAAUCAAGACUUGAAAGUGCCCAGAAGGCAUCCGAAGUUGCCAAUCAGAAGCUAGUAAUGGAAAAGAAAGAGCAGGAAAAGCUAGAACAGGAACGAAUGGAACAUGAGAAGCGAGAACAGGAGAGGAAACAACAGGAGCGAAUCGAACAGGAACGUAAAGAGCAGCAAAAGUUGGAGCAGGAAAGGAAAGAAUGGGAAAAGCGAGAGCAAGAGAGGAAGGAUAAAGAACGAAAAGAGCAGGAAAAGAAAGAUAAAGAACGAAAAGAGCAGGAGAGAAAGGAUCAGGAGCGUAAAGAACGAGAAAAGAAGGAACGGGAACGAAAAGAGCAGGAAAGGAUUGAACAAGAACAGAAAGAGAGAGAACGAAGGGAAGCGGAUCAGAAAGAGAAGGAACGAAAGGAUCAUGAAAGGAAAACUCAGGAGCGGAAAUCACAGGAACGAAAAUCCCAGGAACGGAAAUCUCAAGAACGAAAGUCCCAAGAACGGAAAUCCCAGGAACGAAAGUCCCAGGAACGAAAGUCCCAAGAACGAAAAUCUCAAGAUCGAAAAUCGCAAGUACGAAAGUCCCAAGAACGAAAAUCUCAGGAAAAACAUAUCCUUGACAAGAAGCAGCAGAAUGACGCGUCCAAGAAGAAAGAUCAGGAAAAUGAUAACAAAAAGAACAAUAACAAGGAUCAAGUGAAAAAGGAUGAUUCACAAGACGCUGCCAAAAGUUCUUCCUCCCUAACAGGUUACACAAUCCCCAAAAAAGUACAAAAUCCCACAAAAACCUCAUACUACCGUGAAGUCUUUGGAUAUUCCUCAGGUGAUGAAUCUAGUCCUGAAUCACUGAAAAAGCCUCCGAAAGAUCAGACUGAAAACCCAAGUUGUGAUAGUGGGGCAAAUGUAUCCAUCCUGGCUAUGUUGGAAGAAUCGUCGUCAUCGAAAGUGGAAGCUGAUGAAGCAUCCAUAGAGAGCAGCGUAAAGCCUCCUGCUGAGCUUCAGGCAGCCCCAAAGUCUGAUCUUCCUGUAGCUUCUGUGUCAAUUCCUGCGAAUGUUCCUGUGACGCUUCCGACUGUGGAAGAAGGUGAAAUUGAAGACUCCGAUGAUGAAGAAGAACUAACUCUCGUGACGACGAAUAAAGUCAUUGAGAUGCAGCACGAUCCCUCUGUUAAGCCUCGAGAUUUUCAUCACAAUGAUUUCAAUGCCGAUGCAAUGUUCAUGAAGGUUGUCCUGGAGGAUUCUUCACGAUUCCAAUUGAGUCUGUGUGAUGCUGUGAAUAUUCACGAAGUACGCCCACAAAAGAGGAGCUACGCCACGCGCAAGACUUCCCCAAAGAAGGCAGCUACUGCCAAGACGUUGCCUGUUCAAGUGCCUGAAGUUGCUUCCCCGCAGGAAAGUGAGGACAGCAAGAAGUCAGCAAUAAAGCCAAAAAUUAGUCUCAAGUACAAAACAUCGGCGGUGAACUCCAAGAAUUUGACAUCGUCGAUUAGCAAGAAAAUGUAUUCAUCCCCCGGAGGUACAUCCCUGCCCAAGUUUGCAAAAAAUCAAAUUGAUGUUGUUCUCCAGCAUAUUCACGGCUCGGAGCGGAAGUGAAGGGAAAGGAGAACUUUUAUAAUUUGAUAUAUAAUUUUUUGUUCCCUUCGAGAAUAAAAAGAAAUGAAGUAAAAGUAAAAA